AUGUUUGAGAGCGAUGACGUGGAGGAGGAGCAAAUUCAAUUGCAGGCAGUUGAGAUUGACGCUAACUAUGAUGAUCGCGUACAAAGGAUUAAGUCGAACGACUUAAUUGAUUUAAAAUUUGGUUUCGAACGCUAUACGGGAGCAGCAGAGAGGAGCUCAUGGUUGAUUAAUUUCCAACCCUCAGAAGUUAUUGAUGAGCAAAGCAAAGCGAUAUUAUCUUCUGUGGAUUUUUAUUUCAUCGAAGAUGGUGGCAAACGCUUUAAGGUAUCAUAUCCUUUCCGACCAUAUUUUUAUAUAUGUGCCACCGAUGGCAAUGAACAUCAAGUAACAUCAUUUUUGUCGAAGAAGUAUGGUUUUCUAACCUCUGAUAUUGUUGAAAAAGAAGAUCUGGAUUUGAAAAAUCACCUUUCUGGGUUAAAAAGAACAUAUAUAAAGCUCUCAUUUCCCAGCACUAGUGAGCUAGGAAAGGUAAAAAGGGACAUACUUCCAAAUGUUCGUAAGAACAAGGAGAGAAUAAAGAGGGAGUCUCAGUACUGUUCGUACCUUGCAAGGUUAGUGAACAUGGGAGAGUCCAGUUACGAUGUACAAGAUGAUGACGUCAUGUCUAACAUUAUAGACAUUCGAGAAUAUGACGUGCCCUACCACAUGAGAGUUGCUAUCGAUGAGAAGUUCUUUAUCGGUAAAUGGUAUUCCGUGCGAGGUAUUAGUGCAAAUAGACGACCCAGUAUAGUAAGCAAUCCUGCUUUGAUGAUGCCUGUAGAUCCUAUCGUAUUGGCAUUCGACAUCGAAACAACGAAACUUCCUCUCAAAUUUCCGGAUUCUGCCAGUGAUGAAAUCAUGAUGAUUUCCUACAUGGUCGACGGGAAAGGUUUCCUGGUUAUAAAUCGUGACAUCGUUUCUGAAGAUAUUGAACAAUUUGAAUAUACUCCGAGAGAAGAGUUCAAGGGAGAGUUCUCCAUAUUCAACGAGAUCAAUGAGAUAGCAACUAUAAGAAGGUUUUUCGACCAUAUCUUGGAGGUCCAGCCAAACAUCAUUGUUACUUAUAACGGAGAUUUCUUCGACUGGCCCUUUGUUGAAACACGUGCACGUAUUCGUGGCAUAAAUAUGAUGGAAGAAAUUGGAUUUUCAAAGGACUCUCUUGAUGAGUAUAAAAGUCGAAAUUGUGCUCAUAUGGAUGCAUUCAGGUGGGUAAAGCGUGACUCCUAUCUUCCCAUGGGUAGUCAGAAUCUGAAGGCUGUUGCUAAGGCUAAGUUGGGUUACGAUCCGAUUGAGGUAGAUCCCGAAGAAAUGUGUAAAAUGGCUCGAGAAGAACCACAGGUGAGUUUUAUACUAUCCUAUCCUUUGCUACUGUUUAGAGUGCUUAGGAAAGGAUCAGGGACUUUAUGUGAAGCCCUUCUCAUGGUUGAAGCUUUCCAGCACAAUAUCAUAUUUCCGAAUAAAUUCGUAGAUGCAGACGAAGUGAAAUGUACGAGCGAUGGACACCGGAUCGAUUCUGAAACAUAUGUUGGAGGACAUGUGGAGGCUUUGCAAGCUGGCAUUUUCCGUGCUGAUAUUCCUUGCAGAUUCCGUUUGGUACCAGCAGCCUUGAAAAGUCUGAGAGACUCUGUCCCUAAGACGUUGGAAAGAGAGCUUUUGAGGGAGUGUAACAUUUCCCUAGAUAGUGUUUUGGAUUUUGAUGAGCGGUGUGCCGAGGUUCAAGAAACAUUUAACAAUCUCCUUGCCAUCCCUGCCAGAAUGGAAAAUCCACGAAUAUAUCACUUAGAUGUUGGUGCAAUGUAUCCAAACAUAAUUCUGACCAAUCGACUACAGCCUUGUGCUGUAGUAAACGAGGAAGUAUGCAUGGCGUGUUCGUACAAUCGACCAGACGCUAAGUGCAAACGAAUCAUGGAUUGGGAAUGGAGAGGAGAACUCGUUCCGGCUAGUCGGGGUGAGUUGCAACAAAUCAUCCAACAGCUGGAAGGGGAGACAUUUGGCAAACCACCAAGAGCUUUUCGUCAAUUGGAUAAGAAGGAAAGACAAUUUAUCGAGAAGAAGAGAAUACAGGAUUAUUCCCGUCGAGUUUACGGUAGAACUCAUCUGGCUCGCACUGAGAUGCGUCAGACCAUGAUUUGUCAACGAGAGAAUUCAUUCUAUGUAGACACGGUGAAGGCCUUUCGCGAUCGUCGAUACGAAUACAAGGAGUUAUUAAAGAAAGCAAAGUUAUCACUGAGUGAACUGCCGAGAGAUGACUUAGCAAGCAUUAAAGCAGCAAAAGGUCGCGUAACCUUAUAUGAGUCAUUACAGCUGGCUCAUAAGUGUAUUCUUAAUUCGUUUUAUGGUUAUGUUAUGAGGAAAGGAAGUCGUUGGUUUUCGAUGGAAAUGGCUGGCAUAGUUUGUCAUACUGGUGCAAAGAUUAUCACUGAAGCAAGAAAACUUGUUGAGCAAAUUGGCAAACCACUUGAAUUGGACACUGAUGGUAUAUGGUGCUUACUACCAGCGUCGUUCCCAGAAAAUGUGACUUUUGCGCUUAAAAAUCAUAAGCGAAGAUCGGUUACUGUGUCAUAUCCUGGAGCUAUGCUUAACGCUCUUGUCAACGAAGGCUUUACGAAUGAUCAGUAUCAUAAUCUGCAACCCGAUGGCUCAUACACCAUUUCUGAAGAGAAUUCGAUCUUCUUUGAGGUGGAUGGUCCUUAUCAAUGUAUGGUUCUGCCAGCUUCAAAAGAGGAAGGGAAAAAACUUAAGAAAAGGUAUGCUGUAUUUAAUCUCGAUGGAUCUCUGGCGGAAUUGAAAGGAUUUGAGGUGAAACGCCGCGGCGAACUAAAUAUCAUCAAGCACUUCCAGUCAGCGGUUUUCAAGGCUUUCCUUCGUGGGUCCAGUUUAGCAGAAGUGUACGAAAGCGCUUCGCGUGAAGCUAAUUAUUGGCUUGAUGUUCUCUUCACAAAAGGUGGUGAAUUGACUGAGCUUGAGCUAUUUGAUCUCAUUUCUGAAAAUAGAAGUAUGUCAAGAAAACUGGAAGAUUACGGAGGCCAGAAAAGUACAAGCAUCAGUACUGCCAGGCGACUAGCUGAGUUUCUUGGUACUGACAUGGUUAAGGAUGCUGGUCUUGCUUGCAAAUUUGUUAUAUCUCGUCAUCCUCUAGGUUCACCUGUAACAGAGCGUGCUGUUCCUAUUGCUAUAUUCCAGGAUAAGGUGAAAUUUCAUUACCUGAAGCUGUGGACAAAGCAGCCCAGUUUAUCUAUGGAUAAGAUGAACAUAAAAGAAUUACUGGAUUGGGACUAUUACAUUGAAAGGCUUGGAAGUUGUAUACAAAAAAUUAUUACUAUACCGGCAGCUUUGCAAGGAUUGCCCAACCCUGUUCCCCGGAUACCUCAUCCUGAUUGGCUUGCCAACAAACUGAAGAAUCGGUACCGAAUUGAGAAAAGAACAUUGAUGCAACAUGGCUUCGAUGAAUGGCUAAAGUUCCUUAAAUUGAAGUGGCGAUUACUUAAAGUGUCUUGUGGAAACAGGAAAAAAGAAUCAGGUAGGGAUACUGUAUCUUAUUUAUUUCUUCUUUUUGCGUCGAUGUGCUAUCCAUUUCAUCUUAGGGCCUACUAUGGUCGAACGAAUGAUAUCGUCGUUCGACGAGUGCUUCCUCAUCACAAGCCAGUUCACUAUUUUGUAGAGCAAAGACUUUUGGAUGAAAUUAACGAAAAACUGUGCAGUUCACGUGUCGAGGGAAUCUAUGAGUCUCAAGUCCCACUAAUUUUUCGAGCAGUUUCUCAAAUUGGGUGCCUUUGCCGCCCUCUCGCUCCCCCGCUUAGUGGAGUUUAUUCGCUAGAGACUCUCAAAAUGAUUCCUAUGUCAUCUAGUGAAUCAUACCUACCCAGGGAUUUUGUGCGAGUGGUGUUCGUUUACAAGUUUUCCCAGGAUAGUCGAGAAGUAUGGGCAGUGAUUGACGAAGGGGCCUCGGCAGGGUCAUUUUUUAUCGUUCAAAGGGGAGAAGUGGCAAUGCCAAAUAUGGACAAGAUAUACACUCAAAUAUAUGAGAAAGAGCAACUGGAAUCAAUAAGUCACAUAAGUGCGGCGAUCAAAUUCACCACGCGUCAUUUUCGCCUAGCUACUGAAGCUGAGAAAGAGAUUAAUAGGGUUGAUCUCUUUUUUGGAUGUGUCCACGUUUCAUUUUUAUCGAUAACACUAUCGGUCAUCAUAAGAUUUUUGCAGGCAAAACGAGUAGUUAAUCUUUCGCUAUUCCCUCAUGUACGGAUAUCUGUUCAAGAGCCAAGUUCUUUAUUGAACGUGAUGGAAUGGCAAAGAGUGAUCGCAAAGCGAAUAUGCAAGCAUUUCUUUAACAGUUUCAUAUAUAUGAAGGACUAUGCUGAUUGGGCUCGAUAUCUCCAUGCCCCUAUUGGGAGUGUACCUAACGACGCUGGCAUUUUCGGUUUAGAUCUGUUCUUUGCGAGAAAUCUGCAGCGAGCCGGACACGUUCUAUGGGCUUCACCAUCAAGUCGACCAGAUCUCGGUGGCAAAGAAUUGGACGAUCUUCGCUUAUGCUCAGAUUGGAAACCACUGAGCAAGGACGAAACUGUAUUGUUGAACACACCUUCAUUUUGCGAUAGUUUCUGCGUAGAAUUCGAACUUGAGGCUGUUGCGCUUACUGCAUUGGUGCAACGAGGUCGUUUGUUGGACGCAGAAGGAACUGACGAUGCUGUUGCAUUCGACUCUACAGUUGUAUUACUAUCCGAUGUAUAUAGUGGUUUAAAUACAAUAUCGGCUUUCGACGAAGGCGCGGCUGUUGAUGCUGCAUUGAAAAUUCUGAAGCAUAUGUUAAUGGAAUGUGUCCGGGAUAUCGCUCACAGUGCGAACAAGCGAGCUGAUCAAGUCGUUAUGUCGUGGCUCCACUCCCCAAAUUCGCUUCUGUAUGACUCAGCCAUUACGCGGAGCAUAACAAUUUUAGAAAAAAAACUUGUUUUGUUGCUAGUAGCAGAAUGCGAACGACUAGGAUCGAAGGUCCUUCACGCUGCACCGGCACGAUUAGUUUUGGAUACUGGUAAAUGCGAUAGAGAGCAAGGUGCUGCAUUCACAGAUUUGCUACUGCAGUCACUUGGUCAAAACCCGCUAUUUGCUGCAUUACAUAUGAGACCUAUUCAUAGAUGGAGCACAUUACUGUGGUAUGACGCCUACAAUCAUACUGAAUACUGGUGUACUCUUACGUUAUUUCAGAUCUACAAGGCAUUGUCGUGCGAUUCAGCAGUAGAAGACAGCGUGGAAAAUCUCCGCGAGAAUCUUUAUCGAAUUUUGGAUACUACAGAGUUGCCGCACCCCAAAAAUACUAUAUACCUACCGAACAUAUUUUGUAAUGACUGUUCUCUUGCAACGACUUUAGAUGUAGGAGACAAAACGUCGUGGACAUGCAAAGAGUGUGGACAGUUGUUCCUGAAGUCUUACAUUGAUGAAAUGAUUGCUGAGCGAGUAAACACGUUGCUGACGGCGUUUCUUCUCCAAGACCACAUUUGUAGUAAAUGUAAAUUGGUGGGUAUCAGACAAGACAAUCUGUCAAAGUAUUGCGAGUGUUCUGGUACGUUCGUAAAUGUCAUAUCUGCCGAUGAAUUUCUUCGAGAUAUGCGAACAGCUGGUGAAAUUGGAGAGGAAUUUGAGCUACCUAUGACGGUCGAAGUUAGUCGGUGGAUAAUAGCAGGGAUAAAUUUGGAUGUUUAA